UGUCCCUCAGACACAGCGGAUCACCAAUCCACGGAAGGAGCCGAAGAUGUCGGCUUGGUCAUGUGAUCAGCUGCGUCCAAUCACAGCUGAUCACACAGAUCAUCAGGGCACUGAUGAUCAGUGUGCCGCCCCAGCAACGCCACCUGUCAGUGUCAAUCAGUGCCAGUGCUCAUCCGUGCCACAUUUCAGUGCCCAUCUGAGCUGCCUUUCAGUGUCACCCAUCAGGGCCAGUCAGUGCUGCCCGUCAGUGCCAUAUAUGAGUGCUGCCUUUCAGUGCCCAUCAGUGAUGCCUGUCAAUGCCCAUCAGUGCCACCUACCAGUGCCUCCUCAUCAGUGCCACCUAUCAGUGUCCAUCAGCGCA